AUGGACAACUUCCUGGCCCCUCGGGGCGAGCUGGUGCUGCAGCAGGGCCGGGCGCAGCUGCUGCUGGGGAAGGCGGGCGGUCACUCGCGCAGGAAGAGGGAAUUCAUGCCGGAUGACAAGAAGGACACCAUGUACUGGGAGAAGAGGCGCAAGAACAACGAGGCCGCCAAGCGCUCGCGGGAGAAGCGGCGCCUCAACGACGUGGCCAUGGAGAGCCAGCUGGCAGCGCUGAGCCGCGAGAACGCCGUGCUCAGGACCGAGCUGCUCUCCCUCAAACUGCGCUUUGGGCUCCUCAGCCCCCAGCCCAGCCCCUACCAGGGUCACCCCCUCGGCCUCUACCUCAGGGGGCACCGGGCAGCCUCACCCCUGCUGGGCACGGAGCCCUUUGCUGGUGAUUCCUGCUGCCCUGCCCAGAAGAGUUUUGUGCCCAAGGUGCUGGAGCUGGCUGAGUUUCCUUGCAAAACCUUCAACCCCUCCACAAAUAUCCUCUGCUGCGACUCCAAACCCAUUCCCAUGGACACACCCGGCCUCCAGCAACACAAAAGGUUCAAUGCAUCCUUCAGCCCCACGGUUUGCUCCUCGUUCCUCAGCUACCCCUGCCCAGACAAACAUCCCUUCCCCUGCCCUUGGCUGGGCAAUGCCUGCUUCUUGUGCCCAUCCCCUGGCACUGCAGAGGCCAGGAAGGAGAGCAGCACUGUGGUGUCGGAUGAAGAUGAUGAGCAACAAGUGCCCAAAACAUCUCCUGUGCCCUCCUGCAGCCUGCCCUGCCCCUCGGAGGAGCAGCUGAAGGGCCGGAGCUUUGCUGCCCUCCCACACAAGCUCCGGAUUAAGAGCAAAGCCCUGGGCAGUGUGGAGGAGACUGGGCUGGACUCACACUGA